AUGCCGGCGCCCUCUCGUAUCACUGCAAGUGCCGUGUCACUUGGCACCGUGAUGUUGUUGAUCGGGUCCGACCGCUUUCGCAAUGCCUUGUCCCUGACAAUUGCCCGCUACACGCGCGAGUGCCAGUCUGGCAUGGUGGAAGGCUUCCAUCCGCGCUUCUUCUCCGCUUACUUAGGUCGGAGUCGGUCAUCUCAUCCCAGUAGCCAAGAAGACAGGGCUGUGAAGGCCUGCCAGAGAACGUUGCUCGAGGACGUGACUCGAAAGUUGGAAGCCGGUGUCGGCGAGCUUCAUCGACACGAUGCGAGCGAAUGGGCCCUGACCAACGUGGUCGGGCAAACAAAUGACGGUGUCCUCUGCCCGUCUAUCCGGAUACUCUCGCACUCAGCAGAGCCUGCCGGCCAGAGCGGCGGCCUGGUCGGGGCUAAGACCGCCCCGGAACCCCCCGCCCUAGAAAAUCAUCCAUCUUCGCAACGACGACGGAGACAACGGCUUCUACCCGGAGAGCUGCCGGGCGGGUGCCAGGCGCUGCUGGACAGGUAUUGCUUCGCCAACGACGACAAGCCGGUGCCCACCUAUCCAGCCCGCACCCCCGUCUGGACCUCGGACCGCUCCGACUACGACACCGAUGACCCUUCCACCACGGGCCCGAGCAUGGUCGACGGCUGCCAGAAGUUCUACAAAGUCGUGAGCGACGAUACUUGUGACAAGAUUGCGAGCGAUUUCGACAUCACUCUGGAAUUAUGCAGCGCCCAUCCCACCGCGCGCGCGAUAUUUCUCCCCCAGCUCGCCCUCGAGUCAAUAGUCCUGGUCCCACCAGCUCGAGCGGAACCAGGCACCCCUCACAUCGAACAGCUCUUCCAACGGGAGCCUCGGGUGCCUCACCGCGUUUCCUCUCGCGUCGAGAAAGAUGACACGCUGGCGGUCGCUUGCCCACGCCUCGGCGUCCGCGAUGACGAGAAACGACUCAACCGCCAGCACCUGAAGAUCAGGGGCGGCGCCAUCGCCCGUCUCGGCACAGCCCUCCUUGUCCUCGGCCGCUUGUACAUCCUCCCCUAGCCGUUGGCGGAGUUCCCGGACCUUGGGCCCGACCGUGGGGCCAUCUAGAUUGCGAGAGCUCUGCUGCAGCGGUCCUGCAAGCUCGGGCAGCACGUCGAAGACGUCUUGAUAGUUCCAGAUGUGGAUCGCGGCUUCAUGUCACCUGAGUGGCCGCCAUGGUUGAAGGAUAUUCUGGACCUCCAUUGGCUCCAUAGGUCGGGGCAGAUGCUUAGACGUACGAUGAGAUACUGCUAAGCCGGGAAGGCUCCCCACGGAGGAGACAUCUCGGUUCCUGGAUAGGAAGGACAAAGUGAUGCUAGACAGGAGGGGAAGUCUGAC